UUGGCUCCUGGACAUGUAAGAAACCGGUGAAUGAGCUGCUGGCCCUUGCAGAAACUUGCUUGAGGUCUUUGGUGGCAUUAUCCUUUCCUCCUCGUCAACCCGGCAGGCCAGCCGAUCCGGGGGAGGAUGAGGUCGUCGUGUGUCCUGCUUACCGCCCUGGUGGCGCUGGCCGCCUAUUACAUCUACAUACCCCUGCCAAGCUCCGUGUCCGACCCCUGGAAGCUGAUGCUGCUGGACGCCACUUUCCGGAGCGCACAGCAAGUGAGUAACCUGAUACACUACUUGGGCCUCAGCCAUCAUCUGCUCGUGCUGAACUUCAUCAUCAUUUCUUUUGGCAAGAAAAGUGCAUGGUCGUCUGCUCAGGUGAAAGUAACAGACACUGACUUUGACGGUGUGGAAGUCAGAGUGUUUGAAGGCUCUGCAAAGCCAGAAGAGCCGCUGAAACGCAGCGUUGUUUACAUUCACGGAGGAGGCUGGGCCUUGGCAAGUGCAAAAAUCAGGUAUUAUGAUGAACUGUGUAAAGCAAUGGCUGAGGAAUUGAAUGCUGUCAUUGUCUCCAUUGAAUACAGGCUAGUUCCAAAGGUUUAUUUUCCUGAGCAAAUUCAUGAUGUUAUACGUGCCACAAAGUACUUCCUGCAGCCAGAAGUCUUACACAAGUAUUCAGUUGACCCAGGCAGAGUCGGCGUUUCUGGUGACAGUGCUGGUGGGAAUUUGGCGGCUGCCCUGGGCCAACAGUUUAAUCAAGAUGCCAACCUAAAAAACAAGCUCAAAGUGCAAGCUUUAAUUUAUCCAGUUCUUCAAGCUUUAGAUUUUAACACACCCUCUUAUCAGCAAAAUGUGAACACCCCCAUCCUGCCCCGUUAUGUCAUGGUGAAGUACUGGGUGGACUACUUCCACGGCAACUAUGACUUUGUCCAGGCAAUGAUAGUUAACAAUCACACUUCACUUGAUGUGGAAGAGGCUGCCGCCCUUAGGGCCCAUCUAAACUGGACAUCCCUCUUGCCCGCAUCCAUCACAAAGAACUACAAGCCUGUCAUGCAGACCACCGGCAACACCAGGAUCGUCCAGGAGAUCCCUCAGCUGCUGGAUGCCCGCUCAGCCCCACUCAUCGCAGACCAGAAAGUCCUGCGGCACCUCCCAAAGACCUAUAUUCUAACCUGUGAGCACGACGUCCUAAGAGACGAUGGAAUCAUGUAUGCAAAGCGUUUGGAGAGUGCAGGUGUGGAGGUGACCCUUGAUCACUUUGAGGAUGGCUUCCACGGAUGCAUGAUUUUCACCAGCUGGCCUACCAACUUCUCAGUGGGAAUUCGGACUAGGAAUAGUUACAUCAAGUGGUUGGAUCAAAACCUGUAAAGGCGUGAAAUUUCUAAAAGGCUUGAGUCCCUCUUGAUCUCCUGCACCUGCUCUGGAAAGACAUUCACUCUUUAGGUGACUAAUUUCCCCUCGUUACUUGAGUUAUGGAAUCUCUAUUCCCUGCAGACUUUAUGUUAAUUUAAUUUUAAAAAAUGCUUUUGAGUAACAUAAGUGCAAAAACAUCUGAAUCUGGUUCUCUAAGUGAGCCAGUCUCUCUGUUCUUGUUUUAACCAAAUUUCUACUAACACCCACAGCUGCAGAAAGCAGGGCUAGGAGCUGGAAAUAGCUUUGGGUCUUGCCUCCGUCAAGAAGUUCUUUGUGAAGAAAUUCUACCAGCUGCGGAUGACCUUUAAUGAGUAAAAAGAAAAUGUGGGCUCUUCAACUUGCUAGAGUUUACUUUGAAUUAAGAACAGUGUUAAAUGUGUUCACUUCAAGGUCAGUGCUGGCUACCAAGUGCCCUCUGUUCUUUAUGGAUGGAUGGCUUUGUUUCCUGUGGGAAUUUUGGCAGAGCUGUUCUAGCAAGGACAAGUUUCUCAAAUGACUUUCCUCCUUUAGAGUGUUAAUUUUAUGUGAUAGCUGUCUCUAAGUCCAGUUGGAUUAUGAUAAUACUUGAAAGUUACUUUCUACCACUAUUAUUAGAAAAUAUGAGGUUGCAUGCACUGGAUACCUGUACAUCAUUAAGUUUUUUGGUUAUGCUAUCUCCCUGGUGGAGAUCUUUUGGGAGCAGAUUAAUUUAGAUUUAGAAUAAAUUUUCCUUUACAGAACAAGUAAAAACAGACAAAUGAACCAACCUAUUGUUUUCAUAAUGAAUACUUCUCACAUAAAUUACCAAGAGUGGUGUGUAUAUAUUUGGCAUAGUCAGAAAAGAAGAUACAUUUAAUAUUAAAAUUAUGAAAAAUACCUUUAGAGGGUCUAGUUUAUUCUUGAAAACUCAACUUUUUCACUUACAUGGCUUUAAAAUGGGGCUAUUUUGGUAUAUAUAAUGUACUGUAUUGUUUAUUUUUUUAAGUUAUUUAAUGUUAAUAUAUAUAGCUAGACAAGAUUUUUCAGAAUAAAGUCAGUAAUGAAUAUUAAAAAUAAUCAUUUUUUUAAAAAACUACCUUAGGGUUUAAAAAAACAACUUUAGAAUUAUAUCCACAUGUAAUUUUAUGGAAAGAGGUAAAAUACCUAUUAAUAUUACUAUAUAUAAGGCCUAAAUAUUUUGAUGUUUAUAUGCAUAUACAAAUCACAAUAAUUAGAAACUAUGACUACACCUAGUAAAGUCAUCUAAGUUUAUAGUUCAAUAGCUUAGACAAGACACACAUUGGUCAUUUCUGCUCUCUGUGGUCGGAGGAAAUACUUCCUACUCUUCUGGGUGACACCCUUCAUUAUCGCCUUCCAAGUAGGUCUAAAGUUACAAUAGACCAGGCUUAAUUUCAUGUGAAGCCUUCACUGCCUGUGGGACAUCUUUGGCAUACAAGGAAACUCCAAUUCUGAUCUGACUUGUGUACCUUCGCCCUCCUUCCUGCCACUCUUCGUACUACUGCAAUCUGCGCUACUUUCAGGGACUGCAGAGAGCAACUACACAGCCGAGUCAUGAUACAGUAAAUUUAUCAGUGGAAAGAAAGUAGAGCCUUUUCACUCAUUUGAAAGAUGGGUAUUUCCUACUUACGAGGAUGAAAUAACAAAUGAAUAUAUAUGUGAAAGUGACUUGCACUAUAUCCCACCUCAGACCUUUCUUGAAGGUCUUCCUUGAAAUUUUCCUUGGUGUAAUAAUUGGAAAUCAUGAUACACAAAAACCACUAGAUACAAGAGAGGCUAAACCAACCAAAAAAGUUUAUAUUGAAGAUAUUUUGGCUUGGAAUCAGUUUAUUUUGUUUUAAUUUUUGUUCUUAUAAAAAAUCUUUAUGCUCUGCAGAUUGAUUUUUUUUAAGUGUUAUGGCUUUGUUUUGUUUUCCUAUUUUAAGAAAAAAUGGAUAGUCUUUUUACAAUAUCGUUGUUGUUUGUGAAAUGUGACCAUAAAUAUAUGAAGAAAAAAUCUUGAAGUGCUACAAAAUCUAGUGAAGUGUAAAUUAGUUACUGUUUUAUCAUUGAUUUGUGAGGAAGUUAAGACUGUUGCAUAUCUUGGUGGAUAUAAUAUUUUAUGCAUGACCUUUUAACCUUUGACGUUUUGCUUAUUUCUCACUGCAAAGGGCAAGGCAGAUUUUAUGAAGGAUUUUGGUAGCCAGUCUAUUUUGUAAGAUGAAAAUCCACUGUGGAGGUAGGAAAGUAUAAAUCUGUUUUGAUUCAUGUUGGUAAAUAAAAUGUCUCCAUCUGGAAAUGUGCCUCUUUCACUUCCCCUCAUCUCAUUUUCUGGUUCCCUCCUCUCUUUCUCUUGGUAUCCUAGAUCCCUAGCCACAAUUCAGCCCAAAUCUUCUGCCCCCUGGAGUCCUCCAGCUGCCUUUCAAUUACUGAGCGGUGACUCAGUGGCCUCUCUGAUGACAUCCAUUUCAUGUCUGGAUACAGUAUGUGCUGCUCGUACUGGAAACCUGCCUUGGACUGGCUAGAAUAUUCAUAAAAGUUAGGCAGUUAGGCAGGCCAUGAGACAAUUUGGGGACUUUCCAUACACAUAUUAGGAAGGGUUGAUCUCAGUGCAAAUGAAUUUGGAUUUGAACUAGUUCAGGCAAAGAAGUACUGAUACCACUGAAGGCAAGUUUUCACAUUGACUCUGUCAUUACAAGCAAAGCUAAUAAUUUCACGCUUGAGUUCAUUAUACUUAGUUCACUUCAAUAUCAUAGGAAUUUGCAAAACUUUUUUUUCCAAAGUAAAUUGUUUGUGUUGGUUCUAAAUGGUCACAUAUGUGUGGGUAAAUUAGAUUUUCCUAUUCAAUUAGAGUUAUUUUCAUCUUCUCCAGCAAAACCUCUGGUGCGUGGCUAUAUUUUGCUGAAGGGAUCCACUAAUGGUUCCAACAAUUCUCCUUUAGGGCAUUUAAAAUGUACUCUAUGUGUUUUAAUAUUGUUUUUUCUUGUGAUUUUCAUUCUUUUUUAAUCCCCCAUUUUUUUAAAAAAAACUAACAUCUCAUAUCUUCCAGUGGAUCCCCUAUUUAAACAUCUAGAAGAUACUGAUAUUAGCAUCAUAUUCGCCAAAUUUGAGAUUGAAAAUGUAAAUAUGAUUUCCAGUAGGCAUACAUGUAUUGUUCAGCCCUGUCACUCAGCAUUUUGUGUCAUUAGAGAGAGAGGCUGGUGACAUUUUGUGUCUUGUUAGAAAUGUCCCUACCAGAUUUUCUCACCACUGGUAUUUCAGAUUGAGAGCUCCAUCUUCUCACAUAGGCUGCCUACCCAGACUAGCUAUUUGUUACUGUUUUUCUGUCGUAAGUGUAGAGUGGAGUUUUCCAGCUGCUACUUGACAUGUGGUGUUGUAGUAGGUGGGCUGUAGAGGCAGAUAUGAGAAUCCAGAUGGCUCCUGUUAAGCCAGACAUUAAGGAGUUGCAAACACGUAAAACAAUGCCACACUUCUCACUCGUUUGUGUUUGGAAAAUUUAGUGAUUUUUUUCCACCAUAGAAUAUAGCUUAAGGUAACGUGUAAUUAAGUACAUGAAUAACUGUGUUUACAGUUUCUCAGUUUUAAUUCCUAAUACAGUAAACAUCAAUAAAGUUCAUAUGAACAGAAGCUAUUUGGGGUCCUCAAUAAUUUUUCAGAAUGUAAGGUCCUGAGACCAAAACAGUCAAGAAGUGCUGUUGUACAUCAUCUAUGGCAA